AUGUCCAGAAUCUCAGACGCCGUCAAAGCCGACCAUGCGCUCAUCACCGAGGCGUACCACGCCAUCAGCAGUGCCGAACCACAGGAUCGUCACUCGCUGAGAAACAAGUUCAUCUGGGCACUUGAUCGCUACCUGCGCGUUGAAGACCUCGUCUUAACUCCGGCAUUGGAGCAGCAUCUGGCAAGUCACGGCCACCAACGACGUCAAAGACUGUCUGAUGAUUUUGAGAGUAUAAACUCCAAGCUACGACACAUGCAACGCUUCGAUCCCGCCCAAGAAAGCUUCAAUUCGUCCCUACACGCCAUCUGGGUGGACCUACAACCACAUGUCCUCGAAGAGGAGCGCAGUGAUCUCCAUCGGCUGGAGGACAACAUAUCAGAGACCGAAUCGACCGAGCUCAGCAACAAGUACAACAGGAUCAAGGACAUGUUGCAGAAGCCAUACGGCAAGGACGGAGCACCGGAUUCGAGGAUCUUGACAGCCAUUCUGGAGAUGCCCAGACAGGACCUGAUUGUUAAGCUUGGGUUGACAGAACUUCUCAGUGAUGCAUUUUCUCUUCAUGAAGACACGAAUACUGAAGACACUCAACCGCGCAACAACAAAGAAGAACUUAUUAUUGUUUCGACAAUCGGCGAUAAUGAUCCCAUCGACCCCAGAAACUGGCCACUCGCAGCCCGAUGCAAGAACAUCGCCAUCCUGUUCUUCCUCAUCUUCGCCCAGGGAUACUCAGCCGGCGCCGAAUCAAUGGCUAACGCCGACAUUGCCAAAGAAUACGGCGUGGACUCGGCCCUCGAAGCGCUCUCCACGGCCAUGUACUUGUUCGCUCCGGUCAUUGCACCAAUUGCAGGCGGAUUUAUCAUCGCGGACCCAUACCUAGGCUGGCACUGGACAGAAUGGGUAACGCUCGUCAUCUCCGGCACCGCUUUUUUGGUCUCCUUUCUCUUCCUACCCGAGACUUAUCUGCCCAAACUUCUCGACUGGAAAGCCGAACACCUCCGCCGCCUUACCAAUGACCAGCGUUAUGUGUCCGCGCAUGCUCAAAACCUGCGACAGAAAUCCUUUGCCCAACGCUUGAGAACUCGCCUCUCGCUUCCGCUCAAGUUCAUUCACACCGAGUCCGUCAUCACAGUCCUGGGGGUCUAUCUCAUCCUGCUCUACACCCUCCUCUUCACCUUCCUGUCAGGCUUCGACCAAAUCUUCCGCCAAGCUCAUGACCUCGACGAGGGCCAGACCGGCGCUUGUUUCGGCGCCCUUGCAGCCGGUGCCACCUCCUUCAUGCUCACAGUACCGGGUCUCUAUCUCUGGGCCUGCCGCCGCGAAGCGCGUCUCGCAAGUAGUACGCAGGAUGCGAAUGCCACGCUCGAGCCCGAGUUCCGGCUGUUUCCCGGCUUUGUGGCCGGCCCGCUGCUUCCGGCCGCCUUGUUUUGGCUGGGCUGGACGGACGUGGAGAUGAUACCCAUGUGGUCUGUACUGGGGGCAUGCUUCCUUUUCGGUCUGGUCUUGAUGGCCCUCUAUACCAGCAGUUACGGGUACAUUGUGGAUAGUUAUGGAGUGCAUGCUGGAAGCGCUCUUUCUGCUAUCACGAUGCUGAGGUAUAUCAUUGCUGGUGGCAUGGCUUUGGGGACGAGACCGUUGUUUACGGUGCUGGGUUUUGGGGUGAAAUGGACCAUGACGAUUCUGGGAUGUGUGGCAGUUGUUCUUGCUCCGGCGCCGUUUGUGUUUUGGAAGAUGGGGCCAAAGUUGAGGAAGAGGAGUGCGUAUGCUAUCAGUCCGUGUGAGAAGUAG